AUGAGCGAGGUUUCCACUUUAAACUCGAAAAUUCAACAACUGAUAUUGUUAUGCGAUUUCAAUUUACAUUCUGCAGAAGAUUCAAAGAAACAUAAAACUCGAAAAGCUUUAAAAUGUUUCAAAAAUAUUUUAAGUCAAUCUUCAAGCGAGGAAAUUAAAAGCAGCUCAGAAUUACCAGAACUCAUUAAAUGUUCUCUGAACUUAAUGCAAUUUCAUGUUCAGCGUCGUAGAAAUAUUUUCGUGAAGAAUCUUUUCAGUUCUCUUAUAAAAAUUCUUAUUCCUGACAACAUUGAUCUGGUAAUUGGUGCAAUUAUGAAAUUUCUUGAUGAUAAAAACCUUUGGAAAUUUAAUUUUAUUUGUUGUGAAAUUUUUAAUUCAAUUCUCUCAUGUGGAAUUCCACCAGAAGUCAUUUUAGAUCAACUUCUUGAUAACAUUGAUCAAAUAAUUAGAAGUAAUAAUUUGAGAAAACUUCACAACGUGGUCGACGUACUUGAUUCAACUGUAGACAAUGAGAAGUUUAAAUCACUUCCAAGUGUGGGAGUUCAGCGACUCCUUCAGCUUUAUUACUUGAGUGUCACUGUUAAAGAUGAAAACUAUUCAUUAAUACAAGCUGGAUUAGAGAAAGCAAUAAAAACAAUGUUAAGUGUAAUCCACACAACUGAAGUGAUGAAUUUGCUUCCAAAUAUCCUUCACUUGACAUUUAAUUCGAGCCUCUCGGACAUUGAGUGCAGAGAGUUUGGUUGGAACCUCCGGCAAGGCGUUUCUCGUCUUCAAUUGAACCAAAUUACAAAAGAUUUGCUACCGGAAACCUUGGCAUUUCUUCUAUCAUCAAUGCAAUCAACACGAGCCAUUGAAAGUUAUCUCGCAACUCAAUAUUUAGUUGUGCUGAUCGAUGAAUACAACAACUGUGAACAUUUUUCAUCGCCAGAAGUUUUUUAUGUCUCAACAAAUUACGAAAUUUCUCUGGGAUUGAAAAGUGAAAUUGGAGACACUCGGAAAAUUAUUGAAAAUUAUCGUGAUCUGUUUGAAACUUCAAUAAUAUCAGCGACUAAGCUACAUAUUUCCGAGGGUGACAUCUCAAAUGCCAUUUACAGUCUGCUUUGUGUCAUUCUUGUCACGAUUCCCUGUGGCUUCUCAGUCACCUUCAUAGUUUGCAUUCUAAUGAAUCUCCAAAGACACGCGCUAGCCGCAAACCGAUAUUUAUGUCUGGAUGACUUACAUCGUUUGCAUGCAAUGAUCGCUUCAAUUAUGACGCUCAUCUGUUGGGUCACACGUGCCAAAACAUUUACAAAAUAUAUUCAGGAAGUCGUGAAUCUCCGAUAUAAUUUAGCACCUCAACUCAACCCUCGCCAACACAAUUUCCAUCACAAUAUCUUUCAAUGUGAAAACGAAUACAAGCCAAAUUUGUACUUUGACUUGUGGGAGCUUCGCUAUAGUCUCUGGAAAAGGUUUCGUCUCGAUGAAAAACUCUUGAAGGAUGUUAAAAAGACAUUCAGUGGUUUUACGAAUAAACAUCAGAAAAAGAAAAUUUUACGUAAACUUUUAGGAAAGUCUGAAGAAAAAUUUUAUAAAAUUUCACCUAUCAAGAAAUGA